GGAGCUUGGCGCGCUCGAAGUCGAAGAGAUCUCUCUUUUCUGCAAACUCUGGAAGUUCGGGAUUUUCGGUUUCCGAUUUCACCGCCUUCUUCUGUAGUAGAGACUCCGUCGUCGUCGUCGUCGUCGCCUCUCUCUCUCUCUCUCUCCGUGAACCUGUUGAUAUUUGGCUGCCUUGAGUGAUGAGUCUGCUCAAAACUCAUCAGACUCUACAAGAGUUAUUUCCUCAGGUUGAUGAUCGUUUGUUGAAGGCUGCUGCUUUUGAACAUGGCCAUGAGAUAGAAUUUGCUAUAGAGUUUGUUGUUGAGGAGGUACUGCCACGGAUGAGUUUGGGCAUUGAGCAUACAAGUGGUCUAAACGGGUCAUGUUUUGCAACUGGAGAUGAGUUUGCUUCCUCAGCGGAGAACAAAGAGACUCAUUUUACAGUUGAAUCUCAUGAGGACUUUCCCACUGUAACUCAUGAAAAUGCCACAAGGUUGUGCAAUUUCAAUGUUAAUUCAGAAGAUGCUUCAGCUAUUCCUGUAUAUAGACUUGAAUCUCAUGAGGAUUUCCCCAGUUUAGCUACUGCUUCAAGGUUUCCUGAUUCCUCCAGUGAUAUCGUAGAAGACUCCUCAACAGCUCCUGGAUUAGUUUCAACAGAAUGUUGUGCUUGCUCUGAUCAGGCAGAAAACUCCCCAAAUUUGGUUCAGGAUAGAAUAUCUAAAACAAUGGGGCUCUCAGAUUUUUAUGAGCUUAAGAAUCUCUUUGAAAGGAAAGCCAAUGCCAGUAAUAUUGAUAACAGUGAGCUGUGGAAGCAAGAGUCAGAUGAUGGUCAUGAAAGUCUGGUUUUUGAAGAAAAAAUGACCAUGGGAACUGCUGAAGACUCUCGCUCUAUAAGUUAUGAUGGACAAACUAGCCAAACUACCAUUGAUAUUGUUGAGGACCUGAUCAAUGAGGCUAGCAAGAAUAAGGACAUCUUACUGGAAGCAAUGGAUUCGGUUGACCUCUUAAUGAAAGAGGUAGGCAUGCGUGAGAAGGAAGCAGAAUCUGCAAACUUGGAGGCAAUGUAUGCUGGGGCUGAUAUUCUAAAUAAUGCUGAAGAACUCAAAAAAUUGUCAGCACAUGGACGGGAAGCAAAUGAUAUGUAUGCUGGAGAAGUUCAUGGAGAGAAAUCUAUUUUGGCAACUGAACUACGGGAGAUUCGGUCUCACUUGAGACAUAUAUCUGACAAAAGAGAUAAAUAUCUUUCCAUAAUAGAUGAGUUGAACCUGGAUCUUCAAGCAAGAAUAGCUGCAGCAAAUGCAGCAAAAGCAGAAGCAGAAUUACAGAAAUUAAAGAAAAAGGAACUUGCAAGUAAAGUUCUUGCUCAAGAGAAACUGAUCAUGGAGCAAGUGAUGGAAGACUCAAAAAAGCUUCAUCAACAAGCAGAGGAAAACUCUAAGCUGCGUCAAUUUCUGACAGAUCGUGGGGGCAUUGUUGAUAUAUUACAGGGACAAAUCGAAGCAAUUUGUCAGGAUGUGGAGUUACUAAAGGAUAGAUUUCAUAACGAUUUAGGUGUCUGCAGCCCAUGCUUCAGCGUCUCUAACUUCACCAAUGACAAGGAUUGUUCUUUGUCUUCGAAUUUGCCUUUCAAGAAUCAGAGUACUUACACAGAAGGAAGUGAAGGCAGUCAAAUUCAUGAACCAGUUGAAUCCGUAUUGGGAGUUGAAAUAGCAAGUUUAGAUCCUCCAACAGUUGAUCAACACGAGCAUGGUUGUGAAGGAACGUACCAGGAAGGGACACCGAAGAUGAUGGUCAGCCAAAAGGAAGCAUGGGAUGAGCCAUGGGAACUUGUAAAAGAGGAAACCUGAUUUGCAUGCUGAAUUGGUGUAGCACCAAAAACAGUAAAUGUAUAAACGAUGAUGCUUUACUUCUUCUUUUAGGAACUGCUACGCGAGUAAAGGAGAACUUGGUUUUGGAAGUAACCAAUCAGCCAGGAGAUGAAAUGUGUGACUCAACAUCUUGUUAAUAGAAUAAGAAAAUUAUUCCCCUC